AUGGACUCGGAGGAUGGACAGCUAUUCGUCAAGAAUCUAGCAUACUUUGUCCGCACGCAUGAGAAAGCCCUCGCCAACGCGCUGCAGUUGCAGCGCCAAAAACCCAAACAUGGCAAAGAUCAAACCCUCCCUGGCGCACCAGCCGGCACGGCUCCCUCAUCGGCCACUUCAGCGCUGGCCAAUGCACUCUCUCGACCAUACCUCUCCCUCUCUUCUCCCAACAUCAAGCCGGCCAAGCUAAGCCUCACGCCUCACCACCUCUUCUACCUCAUCAGCAAAUUCGAAGAUCUCGGCGUCAAUGUCGGUCCUACCACCGUUCGUCUGGAAAACUUGCACAGUGACGCUGCUCCCUCCAACUAUGUCUCCUUCCUCGGCCACGCACCCAAGUCGCGAGGCAGGCCCGCCGAUGCAGAGUCUCUACGAUCCGUGUCUAGUGUGCGAAGUGUCAUGUCGAGCAUGUCUUCCAUGUGGUCCACGUUCACGCUGUCGAACAGUGUUGCAAAAGCAGAGAAACAGAUGGUACAACAUCGUGAUGAUAUCAAGUACUUGUACUCGUGCUUCACAAAAAUCCCGGCCUUGCGGCUGGCACCGGAUCAUAGAGCGAGGCUCAUCGAAGGCUUCGAGGAGUUCCCCUUUGACACGGCCGUUCCUCUGUUCAUCUUCAAGAAUGUGAGCUCGUUGGAGAUUUGUGACCUCGACUUCCGGCAAUUCCAAGGCUGGGAUCGAGUGUCGGAGCAACUUCGUAGCCUCACUGUGAGACGCGGCGCGGUGGAUGAUCCGUUGGACUUGUUGCUCAACAUCGUGCUGGACGACGCUGAGGGUAGGAAACGAAAGCGUUCUUCCAAGACACAGGUGCCGACAACGCCGUCUACUCCGGGUAUGCCAUGGCCGAGCAGCAGUCCCAAGUUCAGGCAAGGAGAGUUGGCGCGAUCGACUUCCGUGCCGGAAUCUCCCUUCACAGCCUUGCGAAGGUCGUCAUUGGUUGGUUCGAGUGCUUUGGCAUCGUCGGAUGGCAAGAGACCGCUCGACUCAAUCAGACAGCCUAGCAACUCUCCGCCACGGCCAACAACCUCCAGGCAUCCCUCCGCACAGAAGACGCAGAACGUUCGUGCGGUUACACCCAAAUACCGCAGAUCGAGCGGCAGCUCGGGAUCAAGUCAACAGGAGAUGACCCCUCGCCACAGUACAUCAGAUCUGCUGGCUAUGGGUAUUUUGCCUUCUUCAAAGUGGGCAUUCCUACGACACUUGAGCCUGGCAGAGAAUGGCCUCACUUCAUUGCUUGCCAGCAGCUUGGCACCGGUUGCCAGUACACUACAGUCACUGGACCUAUCUGGCAAUCUGUUCUCGGAAAUUCCCGACGCACUCGCCAGUCUCACUCACUUGAGAGCAUUGAAUCUCAGCAAUUGCAUGAUUGAUAGCUUAUCGUCAUUGUCACGAAAUCCGCUUCCAGCCAUAACGACCCUCAAUCUGAGAUCCAAUCGACUACUCUCACUAGCUGGCAUCGAGCGGUUGUACUCGUUGGAGCGAUUGGACCUACGAGACAACCGACUUCACGACCCUACAGAGCUCGCACGCCUCACUGGCAUUCCCGACAUCAAGGACCUUUAUCUGAUUAAGAAUCCGUUCACAAGGACACACAGCAGCUACCGCAUCACAAUUUUCAACCUCUUUCGAGAUUCUCCAGGCCAUGUGGAGGACAUCACGAUAGACACCAUGGGCCCCAUCUACCACGAGAAGAAACAUCUUCACGAUCGGGUACCUGAACCGGCCAACAAGCCAAUCAUCAGAGCACCUCCAGAGGAUGAGGAUGCUCCUGAUGUGCUCGCAACCGCUGGACUGGAGCCAAUGCCACCGCCCCCCUCCGCUCCGCUUCGACAUCGUCGGUCAAAAUCGGAGAUCGAACCAAGAUCGAGUGCUCGGCGGAAGAAGGGGCCGAGACGUAGAAUAGUGGAACUCUCGCAGGCUGAACAUCGUGCGUUGAUCACGGCGGCUCACACAACGCCAGAACCGCCGGUCCCGGAGUUGACGGAAGCGCCUCCGAGGCCACUGACCCCUACCACCGAAAGCGACUUACCGGCCACACCAGAGGCGACCUCAUAUCACGCAGCACCACCCACUCACCCACCCCAACAAGUUCACGCAGCGCGGCCGAGAUUAGACACCGCGUUUGCACCAUCCGCACCAGCGCCUAAGAUUCGCGACCCUUCGGACGACGAUGACGACGACUCACCCGCUCGAUCGCCGGCAGACAUCACCUCCAACCCGCACGUCUACCGACAUAAGAUUGAAGCCAUGAAGAGCGAGCUCGGCCCAAAUUGGCUGGCUGUCUUGAACGAGGAGCGCUUCGUGGAGACGCAAAGCAGAGACCGAAGCUUCAGUCCCGGCUCACGGACCUCCACGAUCCGUCCCGAACAACCUUCGCGUGGUGUCAGUGUUGGUGGACGGACGUUGGGAUGA